ACUACUGUACAUGUACUAAUCUCUAAUCUCCAACAUAUGAACAAAAAGUUAAGCAGUAUCUGUAGAUAGAGCUGCAUAUGCAAAUGCUGUGAUCUGAUUUGUGCGUUGACUUUAUAAUCAUAUAAAGUUUCUUCAUCAGUUACCCAACGAAUCCCUUUGCUCUUCAUUCUAAUCCAUCAUCGCCCAUGUCUUACUACCAAUCAGCAGAAAGAAUCCCCGAUCCAUCAUGGAAGUACGAUGUGUUUUUCAGUUUCCGAGGCCAAGACACUCGCCACGGAUUCACCUCACAUCUCUAUGACGCUUUGAGGAGAGCUGGGAUUUAUGUUUUCAUUGACGAUGAGGUGGUGCUUGGGAGAGGAGACCAGAUGACAUACACACUGAUUCAAGCAAUCGAAGCUUCUAGACUUUUUGUUGUUAUUUUGACAGAAAGUUAUGCUGGUUCUAGAUGGUGUCUGGACGAGUUGAUGAAAAUAAUGGAGUGUAGAAGCACUAUAGGUCAAACUGUCAUUCCGGUAUUCUACAAUGUUGAUCCCGAAGAUGUACGCCACCAGAGUGGUCCUUUUGAAGAAGCUUUUCAAAGUCAUAGAUUCUCAUAUGAGAAUGAGAUAGUCCACGCAUGGAGGGCUGCGCUCACUGAAGCUGCUAAACUUCCUGGAUUUCUAAUCACUAGAAACAGUAAUGAAGUUGAAAUUAUCGGAGAGAUUGUUGAACAUAUAACUACUCUACUUGCUUCGGAAGACUUGUUCAUCGCAAGGCAUCCAGUGGCAGUGCAAUCUCGCACGGAAGAUGUGAUUCAACAGUUACAUUCGCAUAAACCAGAAGAUGUCGUGUUAAUGGGGAUAUGGGGGAUGGGAGGAGUGGGUAAAACAACUAUUGCGAAAAGUGUUUAUAAUCAAAUUCGUCACGAUUUUGAUAGGCCAAUGUUCCUCCCAAACAUUCAGGAGAUGUGGGAGAAUAACCAACAGGUUUUUCUGCAAGAACAGUUAUUGAAUGGUAUUUGCAAAGCACAGAUAAACAUACAAAACAUCGCAUCAGGAGUAGCUUUAUUAAGGGAAAAACUUCGCCUGGAAAGCGUAUUUCUUGUACUUGAUGAUGUAAAUAAUAUAGACCAGUUGAAUGCCUUGUGCGGUAGUCGAGAAUGGUUUGGUGCAGGGAGUAUAAUAAUCAUCACAACAAGAGAUAGAAAUCUGCUUCAUAUGAUUGGAGUUGAUUAUGUGUACCAAAUGACAGAAAUGAAUUACGAUGAAGCUCUUGAACUUUUUUGUUGGAAUGCAUUUGGGAAAGCAACUCCUUUAACAGAGUUUGCUAGACUUGCAGAUGAUGUAGUUAAAUAUUGUGGGGGAUUGCCAUUGACCCUUAAACUAAGUGGUAGUCAAUUGUUUGGAAAGAUGAAAGACGAGUGGGAGAAUGUAUUAGGUCGACUGAAAGGGUCUUCCCCUAAGGAUAUAUUAGAUGUUUUGAGACUAAGCUUUGAUGCCUUAGAUGAUGACAAACAGAAAGAAAUAUUUCUUGACAUAGCUAGCUUUUGUAUUGGCAUGGAAAGGGAGGAGGUACUGAAAACACUAAAUUAUGGCUUUGGAAUUAGAGAACAUGGAAUUAGUUUCCUUGAAGAGCGGAAUUUUAUAAAAUUUGAUGAGAAAGACAGAGUUCAAAUGCAUCCUUUGCUGCGAGAGAUGGGAAGAAAUAUCGUUCGAGAGCAAUCACAAACUGAUGCUCCGCGAAGGAUUUACGAUGUUUUCGUGAGUUUUCGAGGCAAGGACACUCGUACAACGUUUACAUCACAUCUCCAUACAUCUCUCCAAAAUGCUGGAAUUGCUGCUUUCAAGGAUGAUGAUGAUGUUGAUGGACUUCAAAGGGGAGAACGGAUUUCAAUUGCAUUGUUAAAAGCAAUUGGAUUGUCUGCAUGUUCUGUCGUUGUUUUCUCAACCCACUAUGCUGAUUCAAAAUGGUGCCUGCAAGAGCUUGAGAAUAUCAUGGUAUGCCAUAGAACAAAAGGUCAAGUGGUUUACCCUAUAUUCUAUGAAGUAGAUCCCUCAGAUGUACGUUAUCAAAAGAAAGAGAGUGACUUUGGGAAAGCUUUUGAAAGUCUUAUAAGUCGAAGAUCAGUUGAAGAAGAUAAGGUGCAAAGUUGGAGAACAGAUCUUCGUGAAGUUAGUAGCUUUUCAGGGACGACUGUGAUCAACUCCAGGAAUGAAAGUGAAGAUAUCAAAAGAAUUGUUGAACACGUUACUCGUUUAUUAGAUAAGACAGAGUUGUUCGUUGCAGCACAUCCAGUGGGAGUAGAACCUCGUGUGCAAAAGUUGAUUGAAGAAUCAAACAUUCAAAAGAUAAAAGAUGUUCUGAUACUUGGGAUAAAAGGCAUGGGGGGCGUUGGUAAAACGACUAUUGCCAAAGCCAUCUAUAACAAAAUUGGUCGCGAUUUUGAUGGCAGGAGCUUCCUCCUUAACAUUAGAGAAACAUGGCAGCAAGAUAAUGGAAAGGUUCUCUUGCAACAGCAACUUCUUGAGGAUAUAUUCAUUGCAACAAGGAUACACAUACGUAACAUUGAUUCAGGGAUGCAAAUGUUAAAGGAAAGGCUUGGUGCUAAAAGGGUACUCAUUGUGCUUGACGAUGUGACUGAUUUGGACCAACUCAAUGCUUUGUGUGGUAGUGGUGAAUGGUGUCGUCCUGGGAGCGUAGUAAUCCACAAUAAUUUUUAG